AUGGGCUCCAUCGGCUGGCUGUGGGAGCAGCACCAGCUCCUGAUGCACCAGUGUUGUUCACUUCCAUUUGCCUUCUUGUUUUAUUUUCUCAGUAAACGAAGAUAUCUGUCCCUGACAUACAGGUACCUGUUCGUUUCCGUCGGAGGAUGCGUCCUGGCCGUCAUGACGAUGGGCAUCUACAGCCUGAUCCUCUUCACCUCCACCUUCGUCUUCGUUCUGCUCGUCCUCUCCGUGGAUCCCGGCUGUGUCCACGUCUGGGCGUUUGGUGUCCAGAUGUUGUGGCAAACCUUCUGGCACCUGUUUAUUCAAUACAAGGAAUACUACCUGCAUGAACCUGUCAGCAUCAGGCUGUUUUUGGCGGCCUCCUCUUUGAUGCUCCUCACUCAGAGGAUCACUUCGGUGUCCAUGGACCUCCAGGAGACACAAGUCCUGCUCACAUGCAACGCCAUAACCAGAAGGCAGAGCCGUGUGAUGAUCCUGCCCCUCAUCAGCUACAGCCUCAGCUUCACCACGCUGCUCGGGGGUCCUCUGUGCUCCUACAGCCGAUUCGUGCUGCUGAUGGAGGGACUGGGUCUCAGCGCUCCACCCAGUCCACUGGCUGUGGUCCUCCUGAAGCUGGUCCAGGUGUUACUGCUGGAGGGGGUGAGGUGGUGUCUUAUCUACGUCCUGAAACAUAAUGCGUAUGAUCCUAUGGACUCCGGUGUCCUCUGUGGGGUCCUGUGGAUUUGGGGUCUUGGGCUGGUUUUUAGGAUCCAGUACUACUCCCACUGGAGGAUCAGCGAAAGCCUCAAUAACGCAGCUGGGUUCGGGUUUUGGGAGCCUUCAUCAGGAGGCUCCUCAGAAUGGAGCGGACUCUCUGACGGGGAUUUCUGGACCACCGAGGCGUCACACCGAAUGUCAGAUUUCGCCCGUCGAUGGAACGUCACGACGGCUUUAUGGCUGCGUAGGCUGGUCUACACGAGGUGCAAACACUUCCCGCUCUUCAUGUCCUUUGGUUUUUCCCUGUGGUGGCACGGCUUACAUCUAGGCCACUUUGUUGGCUUCUUGACCUGGGCAGCCACCGUGAAGGCAGACUACCACAUACACAAGCACCUGGGUCCAGAGGUUUCACCAGCAGGGAGGAAAAUAUACAGCGUGUUAGGCUGGAUUAACACCCAGAUGGUCGUGACCUGUAUUGCCAUAGCGGUAGAAUUCAGGAAUAUGUCGGGUUUGAGACUUCUGUGGGGAACAUACGCAGGUUUGUUUCCACUUGCUAACAUAACUCUGCUCUUGAUCUUAAUAAAACUCCAGAGACACGACUAG